UGUGUGGCAGCCUGGCUCACACCUCCUGGACAUCAGACUCAAUUAGCAUCUUGCAAGGCUGCCCAGGCCUCCCCAUCCCCCACAGACCGGAUUACCCUCCCAGUGUCUACCUGACCGCUCCUGCGUCCCUCAAGGACAGCACUCAGAAAAGGACCGUGACCCAUAAGUUGCACCGCACAUCUACUAACCUGGGCUGGAUCCAGAACCAAAGACUUCCCCCUUGUUAGCGUUACCUGCUAACCUGGGAAAUGGCUACUACUAGCAGAAACACACUGCAAGUGAAUGAGCCACGCCGAUAUGGCUCCACGUUGUCUUUAGAAGAGAAAUGUGAGCAGUCUUUCUUUCUCUUUUACUACUACAGGAUGGAGGAUGAGGCUGUGCUGGACAGAGGGGCCUCGUUACUCAAACACUUUUGUGAUCAGGAAGAAGUUGAAGGUCACCACACCAUAUAUAUUGGUGUGCAUGUGCCUAAGAGCUACCGGCGAAGGAGACGUCAUCGCAGACGCACCAGUCACAAGGACAGAAAGGAGAAAAUGACUGAGAAUGCUUCGGACAGGUCAGAUGCAGAGAACAAUGAGGAGGCCAGCAACAGCAUCCUCAAACCACUCAUCUCACCUGCUGCUGAGCGCAUCCGAUUCAUCCUGGGAGAGGACGAUGACAGUCCUGCGCCCCCUCAGCUCUUCACAGAGCUGGACGAGCUACUGUCUGUUGAUGGCCAGGAGAUGGAGUGGAAGGAAACUGCCAGGUGGAUCAAGUUCGAAGAGAAGGUGGAAAAAGGUGGGGAGCGGUGGAGUAAACCGCAUGUGGCCACUUUGUCCUUACAUAGUCUCUUUGAGCUUAGGACGUGUAUAGAGAAGGGCACCAUCAUGCUGGACCUAGAGGCAAACACUCUGCCAGGGGUCGUUGAAAUGAUCACUGACAGUCAGAUUGAGAAUGGUCUCUUGAAAGCUGACCUGAAAGAUAAGGUCAUGUACACCUUGCUGAGGAAGCAUCGGCACCAGACCAAGAAGUCCAAUCUUCGCUCCUUAGCUGACAUUGGCAAGACGGUCUCCAGCGCAAGUAGGCUGUUUUCAUCCCCGGAUAAUGGUAAUAUAGGUGCCAGUUUGUCACUGUGUCUCUCUCUUUCAGAAAUGAUCACUGACAGUCAGAUUGAGAAUGGUCUCUUGAAAGCUGACCUGAAAGAUAAGGUCAUGUACACCUUGCUGAGGAAGCAUCGGCACCAGACCAAGAAGUCCAAUCUUCGCUCCUUAGCUGACAUUGGCAAGACGGUCUCCAGCGCAAGUAGGCUGUUUUCAUCCCCGGAUAAUGCACGUAAUCCACUCGAGAGUUCAGUGCCUUGUCUAACGACUCGCACCUCAGAGGAGGUGUUGCGAGCCCCUGGAAGUCCAAGCAUGGGAUGGCCUAGCAGCCCAACCACCACACAUCGCAACUUGACAUCAAGCAGCCUGAAUGAUAUCUCAGACAAGCCAGAGAAAGAUCAGCUGAAGAACAAGUUCAUGAAGAAGCUGCCCAGAGAUGCUGAAGCUUCCAAUGUUCUCGUUGGAGAAGUGGACUUCCUGGACACUCCUUUUGUGGCCUUUGUGAGGCUGCAGCAGGCUGUCAUGUUAGGGGCACUGACUGAAGUGCCUGUGCCCACCAGGUUUCUGUUCAUUCUUCUUGGACCCAAAGGCAAAGCCAAGUCAUACCAUGAAAUUGGUAGAGCAAUCGCUACCCUGAUGUCUGAUGAGGUCUUCCAUGAAAUUGCGUACAAAGCCAAGGACAGACAAGAUCUCCUCGCUGGCAUUGACGAGUUCUUGGAUGAGGUCAUUGUCCUUCCUCCUGGAGAAUGGGACCCUGCCAUUAGGAUAGAGCCUCCAAAAUCCCUGCCAUCCUCAGAUAAAAGAAAGAACAUGUAUGCUGGAGGGGACAGCACACAGAUGAAUGGAGACACCCCUCACAGCGGUGGACAUGGGGGCGGGGGGCACGCAGUAGGCGAUGAGCUGAAGAAGUCGGGGAAGUUUUGUGGAGGCCUUAUUCUUGAUGUCAAAAGAAAAGCCCCCUUUUUCUUCAGUGAUUUCUAUGAUGCACUACACAUCCAGUCUUUGUCUGCCAUUCUUUUCAUCUACCUGGGAACAGUAACCAAUGCCAUCACGUUCGGAGGAUUGCUGGGCGACGCCACAGAGAAUAUGCAGGGUGUGCUGGAGAGCUUUCUGGGUACAGCGGUGUCCGGAGCCAUCUUCUGUCUCUUGGCUGGGCAGCCUCUGAUCAUCCUCAGCAGUACGGGGCCAGUGCUGGUGUUUGAAAGGCUGCUCUUUAACUUCAGCAGGGAUCAUGAUUUUGACUACCUAGAGUUCCGUCUUUGGAUCGGUCUGUGGUCGGCCUUCUUCUGUCUAGUCCUGGUGGCCACUGAUGCCAGUUUCCUGGUGCAGUAUUUCACCCGAUUUACAGAAGAGGGCUUCUCCUCGCUCAUCAGCUUCAUCUUCAUCUAUGAUGCCUUCAAGAAGAUGCUGAAGUUGGCCCAUUAUUACCCGAUCAACUCAGACUAUAAAAUGGAUUACGUCACACAGUAUGACUGCAUGUGUAUGGCACCCACUGAUGGAUUCACUGUCAAUGCCAAUCCACUCAGGACGUUACUGUUUGUAUCCUGUAAACAUUUGCCAAGUGCCCUGACUGCAAACUUCUGUGAUCCUCAAACUGCACUCCUCUCAAAUCCUCAGCCAACUAGCCCAAACCGUGGCUGGUUUGUGCCUCCGUUCGGAGGGAACCCCUGGUGGGUGUACCUGGCAGCAGCUUUGCCUGCCCUGCUGGUCACCAUCCUGCUCUUCAUGGAUCAGCAGAUCACCGCUGUCAUUGUCAAUCGCAAGGAGCACAAGCUUAAGAAAGGUGCAGGCUAUCAUCUGGAUUUGUUCUGGGUAGCUGUGCUGUUAGCAGUGUGCUCUUUCACGGGUCUGCCCUGGUAUGUAGCUGCUACAGUUAUUUCCAUCGCCCACAUUGACAGCUUGAAGAUGGAGACAGAGACGUCGGCCCCUGGCGAACAGCCCAAAUUUUUGGGUGUCAGGGAACAGAGAGUUACUGGUGUCUUUGUCUUCAUCCUCACCGGUCUGUCUGUCUUUAUGUCUCCUAUCCUCAAGUUUAUACCAAUGCCAGUGUUGUAUGGAGUCUUCCUCUACAUGGGUGUCGCUUCACUCAACGGAGUUCAGUUUAUGGACCGGCUCAAGCUGCUCCUCAUGCCUGCCAAACACCAGCCAGACCUGAUCUACUUGCGGCAUGUCCCAUUGAGGAAGGUCCAUCUCUUCACUUUCAUCCAGCUGCUUUGUCUGGCACUCCUCUGGAUCCUGAAGUCCACUGUGGCUGCCAUUGUUUUCCCCGUUAUGAUCUUGGCUCUGGUUGCUGUGAGGAAGGCAUUGGACUUCAUCUUCUCCCAGCUUGACCUCAGUUUCCUGGAUGAUGUCAUACCUGAGAAGGACAAGAAAAAGAAGGAAGAUGAGAAGACAAAGAAAAAGAAGAAACAAGGGAGCAUAGACAGUGACAUGGAAGAUGAGAAAAGUCCCCUUCAUUCACUGACCGAUAUACAUCGUGCUGAAAAGCGGCACUACUUUCAGACCAGCCCGAUGUCAAGUUCAGAGAGACUGCCAUUAAAUGUGCCUCAGAUUAAAAUAGAUAUGGACCCAGAUGACAACAAUGGCUGCUACUGGAGGAGUCGAGGGUCUGAAACGUCCAUAUAACGCCUCCAACCAAUCAGCUACAUAGAUUUUAUUAGCUCUUGCGAUUUGCAGAAAGCCAUUUGCCAAGGGAUAUUUUGUAAAGACUGUUCCCCAUCAUGGAUCCAUUCUGUGAAGACUAAAUAACAGCUUGAGGAACGCUUGUCUUCUACUCACUUAAUCACUACGGUUUGCAAGUUGUAAUUCCUAAACUACUAUGCAAUUCAGUUCAAUAUUUCACUUACUGUAUGUGCUGAGCUGUAAAGCAAUGCUGUAGCUGUUUUUACACAGUUCCACAACUACCAUUAUUCAUCCAAUACAAUAUGAAUCUUCACUUAACCUGACACAAUUUUCCUUUUCCUUUAUUUUUUUGCUCCUCUACCUCUGCUUUACAUGGUAGGCAUUAUGUAAAAAAUAAUUCACUUUUUCAUUUUUUUUAUUUGCACAGCAUGAGAUCUUAAUGUUGAUCUUUUUUUUUAUGUACAUCUUGAGCAAACUAUUCAGCAAAUGACUUCACUUAUGAAGAGAGAGAACAACUGUGACAAUAUAUUAUAAUAUUUAACUUGAUUAAUUUUUUAAUGAUGGUUAAUGUUAAUGAUUGGAAUUGAACCUGCUGUUUUUCAUAUUGUUUCAUUUAAUAUAGUGUGGUUUUAAAUUUAAUUUGUUUCGUUUUACAAACAAUAUUUAUGCCUAAUUAUCCAAACACGUUCUAAUAAGCUUGAUUAAUUAAGAAAGCCUAAUAAUUCAUUUUGCGUUUCAAGUCUGGUUAGGCAUUUGCUUUGUUACCUGCUUAUGGAAAUAGUCUAAAAGAAUAAAAGUCUACGUGUAUAACCUACACGUACUCGAGGGUCUGUUGUCCUUCAAAUGAUUUACCUAAGUGGCUUAAACCUGAAUUGCAAUAAUACGUGAAAUUUCUUUAGGUUUAAGGUUGUCUCGUGUAAUUCAGAUCACUUUUUUAAAUUGUGCUUUAUUUUACAGAUGUCAUAUUGCAAGUUGUGUCAUUUGUAAAAAAUAAGUCAGAAAAUGUCAACAGUGUGGUACAUACAUUUGAAUAAAGAUGACUUUUGUGCUGAGUCAUACAGUGCAUGUCCUAAACAUGUUCUCUUUGAUCCUUCAAGAACUAGGUGUCCUUUGUUGAUUCCUGCUAAUUUGUCAUUAUUUUUCCUCUUGCUUUCAAAAAACAAAAGUAUACAAAUUGUAGUAUGCAAUAUUUUCAAAAUCAACUUUUAACCUUGUAAGUAUACGUUUUUUUAACUUAUAUUUUUGGGGGUACCUAAAGAUGAAAUCUAUUGUGAAAGCAUGUUUGGGGAAAUUCUUGGAACGUUUAAACAAUGCUAAAUGUUAAUUGUAGAGUGUGUAACAAUGUUACAUUUUUAAUCAAGUUUUGUGACUUUUUAGAACAA